CGGAACGGGUGCGCCGCGCUCUCGCCGGAGUCGGGCGUUUCAAAAGCGUCCCUUUCCUGUCGCGAGUUGCCAAGAGUUGGUCCUCGGGUUUCUGAGAUCCGAGGAUCGAGAGCUUCUUCGCGCCCGCGGGACUGCGCCCGGCGGGCCGGCGGCCGCAACCAUGCCACAAAACGAGUAUAUUGAGUUACACCGUAAGCGCUAUGGAUACCGUUUGGAUUACCAUGAGAAAAAGAGAAAGAAGGAAGGUCGAGAGGCUCAUGAACGUUCAAAGAAGGCAAAAAAGAUGAUUGGUCUGAAGGCUAAGCUCUACCAUAAACAGCGCCAUGCUGAGAAAAUACAAAUGAAAAAGACUAUCAAGAUGCACGAGAAGAGAAACACUAAACAGAAGAAUGAUGAGAAGACUCCACAGGGAGCAGUGCCUGCGUAUCUACUGGACAGAGAGGGACAGUCCCGAGCUAAAGUACUUUCCAAUAUGAUUAAACAAAAACGAAAAGAGAAAGCGGGAAAAUGGGAAGUCCCUCUACCCAAAGUUCGUGCCCAGGGAGAAACAGAGGUAUUAAAAGUUAUUCGAACAGGAAAGAGAAAGAAAAAAGCAUGGAAGAGGAUGGUUACUAAAGUCUGCUUUGUUGGAGAUGGCUUUACUAGAAAACCACCUAAAUAUGAAAGAUUCAUUAGGCCAAUGGGCUUACGUUUCAAGAAGGCCCAUGUAACACAUCCUGAACUGAAAGCUACCUUUUGCCUGCCGAUACUUGGUGUAAAGAAGAAUCCCUCAUCCCCACUUUAUACAACUUUGGGUGUCAUUACCAAAGGUACUGUCAUCGAAGUGAACGUGAGCGAGUUGGGCCUUGUGACACAAGGAGGCAAGGUUAUUUGGGGAAAAUAUGCCCAGGUUACCAACAAUCCUGAAAAUGAUGGAUGCAUAAAUGCAGUCUUACUGGUGUGACAGCAGUUUCAUACAAGUAACUCCUUAUAAUUACUGCAGACUAUGCGCCAAUCAGGAAGACUCUCUUACUGCGAUGUUUCUGAGUACUAUCUCACAGCUUACAUGUCUGCAGUCAUCAAGAGAACUAUUUAUUCUGUUGUAAAGAAUAUUAAAAUGGCCCAGUUUUACAAAUUGG